AUGGAUGAUAUGGAGACACCUAUAAAGGGCAAAGAAGAUAGCACAAAGCAUACCACUGAUAUCAUAGAAUUUUAUGAAGAAGGAACACCAGCUUCAUCAUUAAACUUACCCACGGAAGAUGCCAACUCGAAUGCAUCAGUUCUAAGAAGAAUUAUCAAUAAGGCGGCAUGGCUUUCUAAGAAAGUGGAUGCAAUGGGGGUGGAGUCGACAGGUAUUCAAAGGAUAUCUCCCUACGAAAGAGGAACAUCGAGAAGACAAUUUCUGCAUGUCGCAGGAUUAUGGUUGAGCGCCACAGGUGGUCUAUCCUCCAUGUCAUCUUUUUUAUUGGGGCCUUUACUCUUCGGUUUAAGCUUUAGAGAAUCGUUAGCCUCCAGUUUAAUAUCAGUUUUAAUUGGUUGUUUAGUUGCUGCCUAUUGUUCGAUUAUGGGACCACAGUCCGGUUGCAGACAGAUGGUAACAGCUAGAUAUCUAUUUGGAUGGUGGUUUGUUAAACUGGUAGCAUUAGCUUCCAUUAUCGGUGUCAUGGGUUGGUCCGUGGUUAAUUCUGUGGUUGGGGGUGAAAUGCUAGCUGCAAUAUCUAACGAUAAAGUACCUCUAUGGGUGGGAAUUGUUAUCGUGACCGUGUGCUCUUUUGUAGUUGCCAUUUUUGGUAUCAAGCAGGUUGUUAAAGUGGAAACUUACUUGUCUAUACCAGUCUUGACAGCAUUUUUGUUACUGUACAUUUCAUCCAGUGACAAAUACAGCUUUGUCAAUACAUACGUUUCAAAAGGGAAUUUGGAUUCUUCCACAAGGAAAGGCAAUUGGAUGAGUUUUUUCUCAUUAUGCUACAGUAUUACAGCUACAUGGGGGUCUAUUACUGCAGAUUACUAUAUAUUAUUCCCAGAAGAUACUCCACACAUUCAAAUUUUCUGCCUAACCUUUUUUGGAACUUUUUUGCCCACUUGCUUUGUAGGGAUAUUAGGUCUCUUACUAGCUUCCGUUGCCAUGUCAUAUGAACCUUGGUCUGUUGAAUACGAUGCUCAUGGCAUGGGUGGAUUACUUUGGGCCGGAUUUCAACGUUGGAACGGUUUUGGAAAGUUUUGUGUCGUAGUGCUUGUUUUCAGUUUGGUUUCCAAUAACAUUAUUAAUACAUAUUCCGCAGCAUUUUCUAUUCAACUGUCUAGCGUUUUCUGUGCGAGAAUCCCUCGUUGGUUCUGGUCUAUCGUUUGCACUAUAAUUUGUUUGGUAUGCGCAUUGAUAGGACGUAAUCAUUUCAGUACCAUUUUAGGCAAUUUCCUACCGAUGAUAGGUUACUGGAUUAGUAUGUACUUCAUUUUGUUAUUUGAAGAAAAUUUGAUAUUCAGGAGGUUUUUCUUAAAUUUGUACACCAAAGAAUUCCCCCCACUUACAGAUGAAAUGAAAACAUCAGAACUCAUGAGGCCUUCCAAAGAGCUUGAGAAGAAUACAAUGACAAACAUUCAUUUGUUAAAAAGGAAACACAAGGUGACUAAACAUCGUUACAAUUGGGAUAAAUGGGAAGAUUAUGAUGUUCUAACACAUGGUUAUGCAGCAACAUUUGCAUUCAUUGUAGGAGUCGCUGGUGUGGUAGUUGGCAUGGCACAAGCCUACUGGAUUGGUCCAAUUGCUGCCAAAUUCGGUGAAUAUGGUGGUGAUCUGGCCAUGUGGCUAAGUAUGGCAUUCUCAGGUCUUGUAUAUCCGCCCUGCAGAUAUUUAGAACUACGUAAAUUUGGCCGAUAA